AUGGCGAAAGGUUUCUACAUCAGCAAGACUGUUGGGGUGGUUGGAAUCAUGGUGGGGGCUGCAGCAGUGGCCACCAUCAUCACUCUGUCUGUGCUCUACUCUCAGGAGAAAGCCAAAAACAAUGAGGUGAAACCAACUGAAGGAACGACCAUGACAACAACCACUACAACAGCUGCACCAACAACUGCACCAUCCAAUGAGGCUUGGGACAGCUACCGUCUCCCUGAUACUCUUCUUCCAGACACCUACGAUGUCACGUUGUGGCCACGGCUCAAACCUGACAACCGCGGCAUCUACAUCUUCACUGGAAACUCCAGUGUGGUCUUCAAGUGCAUGAAGGAAACCGACAUGAUCCUCAUUCACUCCAACAAGCUGAACCUGACUACAGCCCCCACUCUGACCGCACUCGGCAGCACACCUGCACCAACCAUAAAGACCCACUGGAUGCAGGUGACCACUCAGUAUCUUGUAAUUCAGCUAAACGACAACUUGAAGGUGGGAGAAUCCUACGAGCUCUUCACUGAGUUCUUGGGGGAGCUUGCUGAUGACCUAAGUGGAUUUUACAGAAGUGUAUACCAGGAGGAUGGACAGGAGAAGGUCGUAGCCACCAGUCAAAUGCACCCAACCUACGCCCGUAAAACCUUCCCUUGCUUCGAUGAACCUGCUAUGAAAGCUGUCUUCCACAUCACUGUCCUGCAUGAGCGAGGAACGGUCGCUCUCUCCAACGGAAUAGAAAUUGAAACAGUGAACACCACAGUUGAUGGCACUGCUGUCACCAUCACCAGGUUUGAACCCACGCCGAGAAUGUCAUCAUACCUCCUCGCUCUGGUUGUCAGUGACUUCAUGAAUGUUCAGUCAAUGCAAAACACUUUGAUUCGGAUUUGGGCUCGUAGGAAAGCGGUCACUGAUGGACACUGUGCCUAUGCCCUCAACCUCACUGGACCCAUCCUCCAAUUCUUUGAGGAUUACUAUAAGGUUCCCUACCCUCUCUCUAAAUCAGACCAGAUCGCUCUGCCGGACUUCUACUUUGGAGCGAUGGAGAACUGGGGGCUGGUCACUUACAGAGAGACAUACCUCUUCUAUGAUCCACUCAUCUCCUCGAAUGCAAACAAAAAGAAAACAGCCACUUUAAUUGCCCACGAGCUGGCGCACAUGUGGUUUGGAAACCUUGUGACUCUGAAAUGGUGGAAUGAGGUUUGGUUGAAUGAAGGUUUUGCCACCUAUGUCUCUUACCUCGGCGCAGACUAUGCUGAACCCACCUGGCAUCUGAAAGACCUGAUCAUUCUGGAUGACGUCCACAAAGUUUUUGCCGUGGACGCUCUGGCCUCCUCCCGCCCCCUCUCCUCUAAAGAGGAGGACAUCACGAGACCGGAGCAGAUCAGCGAGGUGUUCGACACCAUCUCCUACAGCAAGGGGGCGUCAGUGCUGAGGAUGCUCUCAGACUUCCUAACAGAGCCGGUCUUCCUUAAGGGCCUGAAGACCUACUUGAACACGUUUGCCUAUAAGAACACGGUGGGCUCAGAUCUGUGGGAUCAUCUCCAAAGAGCAGUCCACACUAAUGGAACGGUUCUUCUCCCCAUGACGGUUGGAGAAAUCAUGGACCGCUGGGUUCUUCAGAUGGGUUUCCCAGUGGUCACCAUCAACACUGCUACUGGGCAGCUGUCUCAGAAACACUUCCUGCUGGACCCUGAGUCUGUAGUGGACGUUCCGUCUCAGUUUGAUUAUGAGUGGAUCGUCCCUGUUAACUGGAUGAAGUCGGGGGUGGAGCAGACGCCGGUGUGGCUCCUGGAGAGGAGCGCGUUCCACACUGAGAUGAGGACGGUGGGGGACUGGGUGCUGUUGAAUCUCAACCUGACAGGAUAUUACAGAGUGAACUACGACACGGAGAACUGGGAACGCAUCCUAAACCAGCUCAACAGCAACCACCAGGCUGUUCCAGACAUUAACAGGGCCCAGAUUGUGGAUGAUGCCUUUAACCUUGCCAGGGCCAAGAUGAUUCCCAUCAGUUUAGCUCUGAACACAACCAAGUUCCUCUCGCAGGAGAUGGCCUACCUGCCCUGGCAGUCAGCCUUAAACAACCUGGACUAUUUCUACCUCAUGUUUGACCAAACAGACAUCUACGAGAGCAUGCAGGCGUAUCUCAGGAAGCAAAUUACGCCGCUUUUCGAGCACUUCAGGAACAUCACCACAGACUGGACGGAAGUACCUGACGGACACACAGAUCAGUAUAAUCAGGUGAACGCUAUCAGGGUGGCCUGCAGCACCGGAGUGGACGGCUGCCAGAACCUCACUGCAGAAUGGUUCACACAGUGGAUGCAACAUCCAGAGCAGAACCCGAUUCACCCAAACCUGAGGUCCACAGUGUACUGCAGUGCUGUGGCUGCAGGGGGCGCCAAAGAGUGGGACUUUGCCUGGGAGAUGCUCCAGACUGCCAGCAUCGCUAGUGAGGCGGAUAAACUGAUGUCAGCACUGGCCUGCACUAAAGAUACCGGACUCUUAGAGAGGUAUCUGACCUUCACUCUGGACCCGAUGAAGAUUCGGAAACAGGACGCUACCUCGGUCAUCGUUCAGAUCGCCGGGAACGUAGAGGGGCGGAGUUUAGCGUGGAAUUUCACCACCCUGAACUGGAGAUACAUUUUCACUGAGUACGGUGUCGGGUCGUUUUCCUUCGCUAAGCUCAUAAGCGGCAUAACACAGACGUUUUCCACUCAGUAUCAGCUUGACCAGCUACUGCAGUUUAAGGAGGAGAACGCCGAUGUGGGCUUUGGCGCGGCGAGCUCGGCUCUGGAUCAGGCCAUCGAGAAGACCAGAGCCAACAUGAAGUGGGUCUCAGAGAACCAGAGAGAGAUCAGGGACUGGUUCAGGGCAGAAACAGCCUGAAUCACCUCAGCCUCACAGCAGGAGGACCUGCAGAUACUGUAAAAUCUCCUGCACGUUCACAACAGCCUAUUCCAGCUGUCAUCGGGCGGAAGGCAGGAAACACCCUGGCCAGGUCGCCAGUCCAUCGCAGGGCAGACGUACACAAUCACUCACACCCAGGGGCAAUGUAGCAUGUCCAAUUGGCCUGACUGUGGGAGGAAACCGGAGAAAACCCACACAGACACGGGGAGAACACGCAAGCUCUACACAGAGAGGACCCCAGUCGCCCAGCCGGGGAAUCGAACCCAGGCCCUCCUCGCUGUGAGGCAUCAGCGCUACCCACUUACUCUGAGGCACAUAAGGUUAACAUAUUAAAACUAACUGACAUUUCAUUUUGAAUUUUAUUUUAGUUUAUUACAUCAUACUGUGUAAUUUGUGAAGUUAUAUCGUCCUGUAAAGUGAUGGUGAUGCAUUGUUUUGUGUAUGCUUAUAGUAAAGAAUACAUAUGGAGUCAGUAAAACAGAAUUAAAGCUGUGAAUUCAUCUUGGAACUGCUCUCUUGACCAUCAUGGAGCAGCAAACAGCCUGAGUUUAAUGUACUAUUGAACUAUAGAUGAAGUUACUGGGUAAAUGAAGCUCAAGUUCAAGAGGCUAUGGAUGGAUAGAUGGAUGGAUGGCCCUAUUAAAGUCACCAUUUUUACUCCCUGCAUGCUCUCACUUCAGUAAAGACUCCGAUGUGUUUUACCUUCUAUAAAAUGAGCUGUAGAAAAACCUCAGAUCAGAUUAAUCCAGUGCAAAUGAACAUGCUGGUAAAAAGUCUGUCAUAUUCUGCAGAAAAGCUAUGAAGGCACUUGAAGUGUUUACUCAUGAGCUCUGUGGCUGAAAUCAAGUUGAUUUUACUGCCCUACCUCAACUGUACAACACAGAAUAUUAAAAAUUGUCAAAUUAAGGGGAAAAAAUUUAAGUAAUGAGGUGAGGUGGAGUCACAGCUAAUGGCUAUUCUAAUAAUACAGUGCAGACUGCGGGUUAGGAUAAAGUGAAUGUCGAAUGUUUUAAUAUGUUUUCUACUCGUUUUGGAAGUGGAGGCUGCACAUAAACUGCAUGGUUUACACCGAGAUUUCUUAUCCAGUGUGAAUUGAUCAUAAGCUUUACACACUAUAGUAAAGUCACCCCACCAAUGCUACCCAAAUAGAGAGAGAGAGAGAGAGUGUGUGUGUGUGUAUACAGGGUGGGCCAUUUAUAUGCAUACACCCAAAUAAAAUGGGAAUGGUUGGUGAUAUUAACUUCCUGUUUGUGGCACAUUAGUCGGCUGUUUUGGAUCCAACUUUAGUUUUUUCAGUGGGAAGAGAGUCGAGUGACGCAACAAACGUGCUUGGUUUUAACAUAACUUUAUUCUUUCAUGAGUUAUUUACCAGUUUCUGACCACUUAUAAAAUGUGUUCAAAGUGCUGCCCGUUGUGUUGGAUUGUCAAUGGAACCCUCUUCUCCCGCUUUUCACACACUGAGAGCAACACCGCAGAAGAAACUCCAGCACAGGCUUCCAGUAUCCGUAGUUUCAGGUGCUGCACAUCUCGUAUUUUCACAGCAUAGACUUCGCCUUCAGAUGACUCCAAA